AUGGUUGGGGAUGGUGGUGGCUGCGCUCUGCGCACUUGCAGUGACACCGAGGCCGACACCGACUACUACGACCAGCUUGGCGUGGCAACCAAUGCUUCGCAGCAAGAGAUCCGGCGGGCAUACUUCCAGAGAUCCAGGCAGUGUCACCCGGACAAGACUUCGGAGGAGAAUGCCAAGGAGCGCUUCCAGAGCAUCUCCGAAGCGUACCAGGUCCUCUCUGACAAGAAGAGACGUCGGGACUACGACCUUCAUGGCAAAGGCGGCAAGGGUGAAGGCUUCAUCGAUGCCAAGGUCUUCUUCGAUGUUCUGCUCGGAGCCGAUGCUUUGGCACCCUACGUCGGUCGGCUCAGGAUCACGGAGGUGCUUGGCCAGGAGCUCUUCAGCUCAGGUGUGGAUGAAUGCCAGUCGCAGCAGACGCAGGUGCGGCGCCAGGUGCGGCUGGCCGUGCGCCUCGCCGCGCGGCUGGAUGGGAUGCGCGGCCCGGAAGCACUGGCCGAGGCUCUCCCCGCAGAUUGUUCGCGCGGGGCCAUGUACCACGGCCCUCCGUCCUCCGGGCGAUCUCGAGAGGCCCAAGCAGAAGCGACAGGCGCUGAGGGCCGUCACUGGCCGUGUUUUCUGUACAGAGAGAAAGAGAUGAAAGGAGAGAUGAAAGGAGAGAUGAAAGGAGAUAGCCUUCUCUCCUUCGGCUGCAGAGCUCCCUCUGCACUCGGGAGUGCACCUGCACUCCCUCUGCACCUGCGGCACCUGCGGCCGCGCGCAGGGAUCCUGGAGCGGGAUCCUUCCUUGGCCCGGUUCAUUGCGGAGAUCGGCUGGGUCUACGAGAAUCGGGCGGAAGUGCACCCUCCGCCUCGCUCUUUUCCACCUGUUCUUUUUCUUUUUCCGCUGCUGCUUGUAAAGAAGAGCGACUAG